AUUUAUAUAUCACUUGAAAAAUAUAAUAUUAAAAGUUUGACAUCAAGUGGUGUGAAGACAAUGGCCGACAAUAGAGCCAAUGAUAACGACUCGAAGGCCGAAGGAGUGGACGACUCGGAAGAAGAGAAUGAGAUUUUGGAAGAGAGUCCGUGCGGUCGUUGGCUCAAGAGGAAGGAAGAAGUUGAACAGCGAGAUAUCCCUGGAAUAGACGCCACAUAUCUGGCGAUGGAUACGGAGGAAGGGGUGGAAGUGGUGUGGAAUGAGGUUCGCUUCUCAGAGAGGAAGUACUUCAAGGCUAAAGAGGAUAAGAUCAACGAAGUGUUCGACCGACUCAUCCAAUUAGAGCACCCGAACAUUGUUAAGCUCCACAAGUAUUGGCUCCACAAAGACAUUGAAAAACCCAGAGUUAUCUUUAUUACUGAGUAUAUGUCCAGC